AUGCCGUGCACUGACCGAGUGGACCUGGGCAGAGCUAUGGGGGCCAGGCUCGGACUGGGGCUGCUGCUUCUGGCACUGCCCUUACCUAUGCAGAUUUAUUCGAAUCAAACAACGGUUGGAACACCUUCAAAUACUUCUCCCACCACCUCAGCUGCCCCCAAUCCAGCGAAUUCCACCACCAAGGCAAGCGACGGUGCUCUGCAGUCAACAGCCAGUCUCUUCGUGAUCUCCGUCUCA